AUGCAGGAUGGUUGUAUUAGAGUCUUGACAGAGGUAAGAUAUAUACCUCAAGUUAAGAGAAAUCUGAUUUCUCUUGGCCUUCUUGAAAGAAAGGGCUGUGUAUUCUCUUCUGCUGGAGGGAAGAUGGUGGUGUCUAAAAACAGCAAGAUAGUGAUGCAGGCAGAGAGAAUAGCUAGCCUAUAUUACCUGCUAGCUGAGGUCCAGGUGUCUGAGGGCUUGGAGUUAUGGCUUAAAAGAUUGGGCCAUCCAGCUGAGAGGAGUAUCAGAGAAUUAGUGAAAUCUGGGGUCAUGAAGGGUCAGCUGGAGGUGGAGCAUCUCAGAUGUGAGGAGUGUAUGCUUGGGAAAUCUAAAAAGCUCACCUAUUCAAAGGGCAAGCACACAUUAGCCAAGCCGUUGGACUAA